GACCAAACACUGCUCUCCGCAUGAGCUCCCGUCGCCGCCAUCAUGGCUGCCGCCGCUUUCUGUGGAGACUGGUUUGUUUUUACCUGCAACAAGAAACUCGUAGCAAUUCACAGCAAAGACGCCAGAGAACGGUUUGUGUUUGACUGCAGCACUGCUGAGAAGAAGCCAAAGGAUGACAACAACAGUCAGGGCGGUGCCACAGAGGAAACUGGAAGUGACACAGUCCUUGCCUUUGCUGUAUCUCCAUCUGGAAAGCUGGUGGCGUUGACUGAUGACACCAAGAGACUGGUUCUGUUUAGCUGUGAGCCUUCAUGGCGUUGCGUCAGCAUCAUGUGGGUGGUAAGACGGUGCACGUCCCUGGUAUUCAGUCAGGCUGAGGACGAGCUGCUUGUCGCUGACAAAUCAGGAGAUGUGUACUCUUUCUCAGUUGUGGAGCCGCAGAGGGGGGGCAAGCUGAAGAUGGGCCACCUGUCCAUGCUGCUAGCUGUGACCAUAUCGCCGGACAACAAAUACAUCAUCACAGCUGACCGUGAUGAGAAGAUCAGAGUUAGCCACUACGGGUCUCCAUACAACAUCCAGUCCUUCUGCCUGGGACAUCAACAGUUUGUCAGUGCCCUACAUAUCCCAUCAGGACACCCACAUUGGCUGCUGUCCGGAUCAGGGGACGGAACUGUGAAGCUUUGGGAGUAUGAGUCCGGCCGCAGGCUGCAGAGCUGGGACCUUGGACAGUUUGGACAGACACAGAACUCUGAGGCUGACAAAGCAAAGAAUCCAGCUGUGUGCCGAAUCAUUAGCUCCCCUGAUGGACACCAUGUCGCUGUGCAGUGUGAAAGGAUGUCCACAGUUCAGUUUUUCACUCUACACCAGGAGGGCGAAGAGAGUCUUGUGCCACACAGCAGGCUGUCCCUGCCUCACUGUCCCCUGGACAUGACCUUUGACAUGGAAGGACAGCUCUGGGUGGUGAUGGACUCCGAUGAUGCACCACUCCAGAUCUACACACUCAGACAAAGCACCUGGGAGUGUGAUACCAAGAACCCGAACCUGAACAGAGUGACUGAAACCUUCAGACCACACUGGGAGUCACUUGAGGCCUCCACAAGAACCAACCACCGCUUUGAGCACUUGUACAAAGUGGGCUACGACAAUGUGACAGAGUACCUGCAGAAGAAGCAGCAGAGACUAGAGGAGCAACAGCUAAAGAGGACGAUGGCUCAGAAGGCAAACGGCAACAAGAAGGCCAAGAAAGAGGCAUCAGGAGCUGUGACCGGGCCGCCUGUCUGAAUGGACAUCUUGAACAUAGUGUUAAUAUUCCUUUCACGUUUGGUGUUCUGAGUUGUUGAUCUGAGGUGAAUGUGUGCAGUGUGUGCCUCACCUCAUGUUCCCUGGAGAUGGAUUUUUACAUUUGGCUAAAAUUUAUGUCUGAUUUUUUUUUUUUAUAAUGAAAACGAUGCAGCCAACAUUAAACUGUAGCUUCUGUUUCUGCCAACAUUAUUGUAUGAAAAAUGCUGUUUGUGAGUGUGCAAAAUGUGCACUUCUCACACUCGCAACUGCU